CCUGGCAACCCUGGGAACGAAGAAAAUACGUCAUUGUUUUUCAAUGUUUUUCAUUCCUCCAUCAAUGCGAGUAGUCUAACUGCAUUUUGUGAAAAAUUCGUGUAGACGGCCCAGAGUCCGCGGAUUUUCCCAAUCAACGUUGCUGUAGGUUUUGUUUCGAUAUAAAAAUCGACAACUAUUGUAAUCUGCGUGGGGUGCGAUCUCAAUAAUUCAUUCGUGAUUCAGCGCUAGAAGUCGAUACGGAUUGGUGACUCAACUAUCUUAAAAAAAAGUCCGCUGCCGUUUGCUGAUAAGAAACAAUCAUGACUGAACGCCACACCUUCGGGGGCAAUUUGAAUCCCAUCACUUGCCACGCGUGGAACAAGGAUCGUACGCAAAUCGCCAUCUCGCCGAACAACAACGAGGUGCACAUCUACAAGCGGGACGGUUCCGAAUGGAAGCUGUUGGACGUGUUGAACCAACAUGAUCUCCGGGUGAUGGGUAUCGAUUGGGCCCCGAACACAAACCGGAUCGUGACCUGUGCCGUCGAUCGGAACGCCUACGUGUGGACCCAAGGCGACGAUGGCAAGUGGAAGCCAACGUUGGUGCUGCUGCGAAUCAACCGGGCUGCGACCUGCGUGCGUUGGUCUCCGCUGGAGAACAAAUUCGCCGUAGGGUCAGGAGCACGGCUGAUUUCCGUUUGCUACUUUGAGUCCGAGAACGACUGGUGGGUGUCGAAGCACAUAAAGAAACCGAUCCGAUCGACGGUGACCUCUCUAGAUUGGCAUCCGAACAAUAUGCUACUGGUCGCAGGUUCGACCGAUUACAAGGUUCGGGUGUUCUCGGCCUUUAUCAAAGACAUCGAACAGCACCCGGAACCGACGGCUUGGGGACCAAAGAAACCGCUUGGCCAGAUGUUGGCCGAAUUCAAAAACUCUUCCAAUGGGGGUGGAUGGGUUCACAGUGUGAGCUUCUCGGCUGACGGAAACCGCAUUUGCUGGGUAGGUCAUGACAGUGGAAUAAAUGUGGCCGAGGCCGGCAACGGUAACGUGGUCAUUAAGAUCAAAACAGAAUAUUUACCAUUCCUUUGUUGCGAGUGGAUCUCGCCACAAUCAAUUUUGGUAUCUGGCCACAGCUGCGUUCCUCUGAUUUAUUCCUUCGAGGGAGGAAAGAUAACACUGGCCGCAAAACUAGAUCAGUCAACGAAGAAGGAACAAGGAGGAAUAUCGGCGAUGAGAAUUUUCCAAUCUUUGGACCGUAACUCACGUACCGAGAAUUCCGACACCAACCUGGAGUCCAUCCACCAGAAUGCGAUUACUUGUGUGUGCAUCUACACCGGAAACAAGGGUAACGCGCAGCGUAUCAGCACUUCCGGUAUGGAUGGACAGUUGGUCAUCUGGGAUAUCAACUCGUUGACCCGUUCUAUGCAAGGCUUGCGCAUCUAAGUGGGUAAAAAACCUAGCAGUAUUGAUACAUUUUCAAAGAAAGGUAAACGCAUUUUUAUUCGUUCAUCAAUACAUUAAAUUUUGCAUGAACAUUUCCGAAAAGAAUUGCCCAGAUCCAGAUUGAAUUUUGACAAUUUUCCCAAAGCCAUUAAUAAAAUAUUACUUUCAAGUCUCAAGUAAA